CUCAGCAGGAGCUGCGCCUCUUCCCAGGGCUUGGCUUCGCUGGAAAACUCGGGAAAUCCUCCGUGGAAGCCUCAAAGUUGGGAUGGAUUUGGGAUGAUGCCAUAAAAUAUCCCUCCUGCUGCUCCAUCGGUGGGGAUUCUCGGCCGCCGCAUGAGCAGGUGCUGGCCGGGCCAUGGCCUGGCCGCCGGGGCUGCUGCUGCUGCUCCUGCUGCUGUCCGGCCGCGCUCCGGCCGCGCGCAGCCGCGACUUCACCGCCAAGGACAUCGUCUACCUCCACCCCUCCACCACGCCGUAUCCUCAUGGAUUUAAGUGUUUCACCUGCGAAAAGGCCUCAGAUAAUUAUGAGUGCAACCGCUGGGCUCCGGAUGUUUACUGCCCCAGAGGAACAAGGUACUGCUUCAGCCAGCACAUGAUGAAGGCCAGCGGGGAGAGCGUCUCGGUCACCAAGCGCUGCGUGGGCCUGGAGGAGUGUCUGAGCACGGGCUGCAGCUACAUCAGACACGAGGAGUACAAGGUGUGCACGUCCUGCUGCGAGGGCAGCAUCUGCAACCUGCCCCUGCCGCGGAACGCCUCGGACGCCGUGUUCGCCACGCUGUCACCGCUGAGCGCCGCGCCGCCGCUGUCCCCUCCCGGCCUGGCGACACCGCUCGGGCUCUGCCUGGCGCUGCUGGCACAGCGCGGGCUGGCCGCCGCAGCGACGGGACAGCGAUGGUGA